AUGAGGACGGGCAGCUGUAGCCCUUGCGGUACCCUCCGCCCUACUUCGCCAGUGGAAGAGGGCCGACGGUUGCAAGGAAGUGGCCCUUGCUCUGCGGCUUCACCGAGCAGCCGCACUGCUGCCUGCAACGAAGCACAGCAGCUGCGUGGGGAGGUGUUGGAGCUCCGCGCCUUGCUACAGCGCAGCAAGGCAGCCCAUGUCGAAGAG